AUGCCGGCGGGACACGGAGUGAGGGCGAGAACGAGAGAUCUCUUCGCGAGACCGUUCAGGAAGAAGGGUUACAUCCCACUCUCGACUUACCUCAGGACUUUCAAAGUCGGCGAUUACGUCGAUGUCAAGGUUAACGGAGCUAUCCACAAGGGUAUGCCUCACAAGUUCUACCAUGGACGUACCGGCCGAAUCUGGAACGUUACCAAACGCGCCGUCGGUGUCGAAGUCAACAAACAGAUUGGGAACAGAAUCAUAAGGAAGAGGAUCCAUGUGCGUGUGGAGCACGUGCAGCAGUCAAGAUGUGAAGAGGAGUUUAUACUGAGGAAGAAGAACAACGAUGUGCUCAAGGCUGCAGCUAAAGCUAGAGGAGAGACAAUCAGCACAAAGAGACAACCAAAAGGUCCAAAGCCAGGUUUCAUGGUCGAAGGCAUGACAUUGGAGACUGUCACUCCCAUUCCUUACGAUGUCGUCAACGAUCUCAAGGGCGGUUACUAA